AUGCAGAUACGGAAGGGAAAGGAGAAAUGGAACAAAUUGUAUUCUGAGGACGGCCAAGAAACCGAUUCCGACACCCCCGCUCCAAGUUACCAUACACUGCACCCAAACAGCCAGCAAAAGCGGGCAUCGGAGCCAGCUAUCUUCUCCCAUCGAUCAUCUCUACCAGAUUCGGCACCCGAACUCCACCGGUUCGUCUCGGCUGAUGCAGUAUAUGGAGAUCUUCUAAUUAGGAUGAAGACGUACUCGGCUGAUCCCCAAUUAGAUUACGGUCGACCGAUAGCGAUAGAUCAUCAAUAUACAGAUCUAGUCUCUCAAACAAAAGCAAUGGUAUUUUUGGCUACACCCCAUCGAGGUUCAAUGUAUGCUCAGACACUGCAAAAUGUUCUCCGAACCAUCCCCGGUCUGAGUGGAAAGGCCUACAGUCUUGCUUUGCAAGUAGCACUGAUUCACGAGCCAUUCUGCCAACAGCUGCUACGGUUUUGUGAAAAUACUGGCGUCAACGUCAAAGAGCAGAAAGCGUCAAUUAUAUGGGAGAAGAUUUUUGAAGGCAUCCUAUUCCGGACUCCAUUUCCAGGCUGUUUAUUCUGGAUCCUUGAUGGACUGGACGAAGCAGAAUUCCCCGCUGAGCUGAUCAAAUUUCUCUCUAAAAUUAAGUCGGCUACCAAGAUUAAACUCCUUUUGUUGAGUCGCCCAAGGAAGGACUUGUCAAAGGAAAUCGGAGAACACUUCCCGAAUGUUCGUCCAGAAGUGAUUUCAGCUGAUGAUACGUUAUCGGACAUCAGGGAUUAUGUUCGGUCAUCACUUUCCAGAAUUCUUCCCACAGAUCAGGACGCUCAAGCCGACAUCCUGCAAGAUAUUCUUUCAAAAUCCUCCGGAUCCUUUCUUUGGGUGAAGCUAGCACUAAGCCGAAUAAUGCAGAAUUGGUAUUUGAAAGAGGAUAUCAAGGCUGCCAUAAAUGAGAUUCCGGAGGGUAUGGAGCCACUAUACGCUGGUAUGAUCCAAACAAUUGCGACCCAAAAUCAGAAGUCACGCAGCAUUGCUGCACGGGUGUUGGGCUGGGUCGCUUGUUCGUUCAGACCUCUCGACAUUGCAGAACUUGAGGAGGCUUUGAGGUCGGAAUUCGCCGGGUUUGUGAAUCUCGAACUUACAAUUGCGGAGAUAUGCGGACUGUUCGUUGUCGUCAGUAAAGGCAAAGUGAACCUCAUUCACCACACCGCCCGACAGUUUCUUUUGACGAAAACCACGGAACUUUCAAUCAGCAUUGAAGAACAUAGCUCUCAUACGCACCUCGCUUCAACAUGCAUUGAGUAUCUGUCUGAUGCACCCAAGUGGCGUCGAAUCUUCUCUGCCCUUCAAAAUAUCCAGCAAGGAAGUCGUUCAGUCCCCGGUACUGCGGUGUUCACGGACCACCCUUUCCUGUCCUAUUCAUUAUCCUAUUGGGCAUAUCACGUCGGUUACUCAUCAGUAGCUCUAGAAGAUUUCACUACCAAAAUCCUCUCAUUCCUAGAAGACAACUUUCUAACGUGGGUCCACGGAAUUGCCUUGUCAAAAGAUCUUCGAAUCAUGAGCCAAGCUGCGCAACAUCUCAAGAUUUACGUUAAGCGCAAGGCACAAUUAUCUUCUCGGAGGCCGUUAAAGAACUUGUCGAUGAACCGCGAUGGAGAACUUAAGCAAUGGGCCAAUGACAUUAUCCGAGUUGUUAGCCGCUUCGGUAGCAGUCUUGCUGGGUAUCCAACCUCGAUCUAUCGGCUUGUAGUUCCAUUCUGUCCUAAAGAUUCCAUCAUUAGUAGGACGUUCCUACAUUCAAAUAGUAGCGGUCUUCGGGUAACUGGACUUUCUUACAACAAUUGGAGCGACUGCUUAGCUAAACUGGUGAUGGGGGAGAAUCAGGCUGCCCUUAAGAUCCUCUGUAAGGAUAACUUUAUCCUCACACUUGUUGGAAUCGAUGGAACAAUCAUCGUGUGGUACGCGGACACUUGUCAAGAGGCAAGAAGAUUCAAGCAUGGCGAGUAUGUCAUGGAAAUCGCCAGCAGCAAGACAUCAAAUCUCGUUGCGACAGCGGGGUUCAAGACUACAAAAGUAUGGGACAUCAGUACUGGCAAGCAAUUGUACUCCAUGACAAAAGAACAACACCACCUUACAAAGAGCAUUGCAUUUGGGGCAAAGGAUGAAGAAAUACUCGUUGCGUAUGAUGACUGCGUAGUCCAGUGUAUUGAUUUGCGGACCGGAGACCAGAAGUGGCGUUUCGUCUCCAAAGAGGCACUAGCUGGCGACAACAACUGUCCUCGCUCCAUGUGCUUCAGCCCGGAUCUCACACAGAUCGCUCUCGUCUUUCGAGGUCGACCAGUUGUGGUGUGGACAAUCCAAAUGGACAAUGAUUCCACAAAGCCUGGAUUUAUUCCACCAAAGAGAUGUAUUCUCGCCGACGAUAGAUUACGUACAGCCGCUGAAGGUGAUGCUUGGGAUCCUCCAGAGGUUGCAAUCUGGCACCCUGUGACCGGCCACCUCCUAGUUCUUUACGAAGAUACCAGGUUAGUUGAUUGGAAUAUCGCGGAUGAUGAGCAGGUGAAGUACAGUCAUACCGACGCACGAGCCAUGGUCCUGAAUUCAGACGGUACGCUACUUCUCACCAGCGAUGUGCAUGGCACCCUGAGCAUUUGGACGAUUCCAGGGUACCGACUUUCCUACCAACUCAAGUACGAUGAACUUGUGACAGAUCUGGCGUUCUCUCCAGAUUCUACUCGUUUUUACGACAUUCGUGGAACUUUUUGCAAUGUUUGGGAGCCCGAUGCUCUCAUACGCCCGACUGAGAUGGAUCGGGAUGAUGUGUCAAGUUAUGAAUCUAGUAAUUAUGAUUCAGUCGUAUCGGAUCCAGUACUCUCGAAUGACGAUAAUGAUCGGAUUCCAAUAACAGCUAUCGCAUUUGACAGUUUCGACCAAUUCUACUGCUGCGGAAAGGAAGAUGGGACGGUAACUAUCCACACCAUCCCUGACGGGGAAAGGUCGAGAAAGGUUUCUAGUCACUCCUCGUCAGCAUCGAUAGUCCGACUUGCGUGGUCUCCGUCUUCCAAGUUUCUAGUUUCCGUGGAUGAUUCCGGCCGUAUCAUUGCAAAGCGCCUUGAGCCUCCGACAAAGGAAAAGAAUCGAUGGGCCGUGUUUCCUCUCUUCGACAUCCGCAUUGACAACUCUGAAACUGUUAGUGACUUUUUUUUUCACUCGCGAGAACAGUACCUGCUCAUCAUCACUCCGACAACUGCUUACGUCGUGAGCCUAAACCCUAAGAAGAAAGAUAAACAAGUCUGCAAGAACCGGGUCUCAAAAGGAGCAGUCUGGCUUAACCAUCCAACAGACCCAGCUCUUCUCAUCAAGAUAGAAGCUGACAAGGAAUUGACGUGCCUUUGGAAGACGUUGAAGCCAGAGGACGAAACACAAUACGAGUCGCCGACCAUUUCUGACUCGCCCAUGGGGACUGGCACAACAAUUGUAGGAUUUGUUCGAGCCCGCGAUUUUGUUUUGCUGGAAACUAUCAACCACGUAACCCUCGGUGUUUCAGAUCACUCCCAGCCUUCAACUCGCAGUUUCACACUUCUCGAUCGGAGGAAACUAUCCAGUGCACAAUACAAGAGCAAUCGAUAUGACGUCGAUAGCCUUGCCGAGCAUGUCCACUGUCUUAUUGGGAGUAUCCAUGAUCGGAUCGUCUUCCUCGAUCACCAAUUCUGGCUGUGCACUUGGGAUGUGGAGGCUGUCUAUACGAAGCAUAAACGGCAUUUCUUCCUCCCCCAAGACUGGAUUAGCCCAAGGUCGCUAACCAUGAUGUGUAUCAAUGCACAUGGCACGCUACUCGUUCCGAAGAAUGAAGAGGUGGCUAUUGUACGAGAAGGAUUCAAAGUUUAGGCCCUGUUCUCGUACAGUUCUCUCGGUUAUGUCAAGAUGCUGCAUGAUCUCUCCAAGUAACGUGGUAAAAGGUUUUGAGAGACCACAUUUGGCUAGAGAGGGGAUCUUCAUAUUUCCUCAACAUCUUCGUCCAGAUCUCUUUCCAAAUCCUCCUGGUGAUAUGUAGCUCUUU